AUGGAGUUCCCAAAGAUCAACGUCUCCUCCAAGGCAGACAUCCAAUACAUCACACAGAUCUGGCGCAAGGCUCUCUUUGAAAAGCUGGAACAGAAGCAUGGCGCCGACAAGGCUGACCCACGGGUCAUGCAGGAAGUCAACUCCCUUCUCGAUCAGUGGCUCGAGAACAUGGUCAAAAUGGCAAGUGCCGGUGUUGACAUCAACGGAAUCCCCUACGACGACGCCAUCCUGAACGAAGACGUGGAGCCCCUGGACGAGUCAUUGGGACGCCGCCUGCAGCAUCAACAACUGUUGGUCGAGGAUUUGACAUUGCAAGUCGCAGAGCGGAGGAAACGUGUGCCGGAGCAGGUCAAGAUGCUACUCGAUGAUGCUAUUCGUCGACAGUCGGCCAUCGCUGACAGAGUUGACUUUGAACCUGAAGAGGAUGAGGAUUUGGAGGACAAGGCCGUCAACCAAGCUGUGUUGGAGCGCCAGGAUCUUGUUGCUCAGGAGUAUGCGUCCAGCAUGGCUCUUCUGAGUGGACUGCGAAAGACCGUAUCAUCAAACAUUACGCGAGUAGAGAGCGCACAGGCAGUCGUCGACGAGCUCUUGCCUUGA